AUGCGGCUUACCGUUCUUGGAAGCAACCUUACCGCUCGGCACUUUGUGAAGUAUCUUUCUAGCGAACAUCCAUCAGUUCAGAUUUCACUUUGGACAUACGAUGAGGCUCAGUAUCCCGAGUUCGAUAAUAUCGCUACCUGUCUUCGUUAUCACGGGAUCAAAAUGUUACCUAACGCCCUUCUCUGCGCGGAUGCGGUGGUCAAUCUCCACGAAUGCACAGACUUCUCCAUGCUUCCCGAUGUUGGCAAACUUCAACUCCAUAAUGUUGAAGUCGUUCGUUCGCUUCUUUUCCAUUGCAAUUUUCCUCUGAUCCAUCUCUCGACGCCAUUUUUGCAAUGUUCCCAUCGUUGGCCAAAUGUCUAUGAGCCUGAACGGGAUCCGGUAGUCUUCAGACCACAAUGGCCAUUUCCGGAAUAUUGUGCGAGCAAGUAUGAAGCUGAGCAACUCGUAAAAUCUGCAUCAAAUGACUGUUACAUUGUGAGAAGUGUUCCGACUUACGGUGAAGGUGACAACUGCUCGAUUCUCACCGAUUUGAUCUAUCUUUCCAAUGAUGGGACUGUUGUUCCUCUUGGGGAUAAUGACGGACAUAUGCAGAUGGCGUACGCUGGAAACGUUUCCGUUGCAUUAUGGUCUGCAGUUUGUAGACUUCUUUCUCAAUCGACUUGCACGGAUCUGAACGUAUCAUACGAAGAGGAGCUCAAUGAUAUCCUUUCUUCAGCCGAGAACUCUUUCCGUUAUCAGCAGGAAAACGAGAAAUUGACUGAUGGUAUCAAGCCAGGGCUUUACGCCAUCAAAGAGGAGGACGAAAAUCUGGAAGGGUAUCGUGCUCGUCAUAAUACCGUUCGCACGAGUUUUGAUGGCGAUUGUGACUGGAAAAAAGGAUGUGAGGAAACUGAAGAGGGAGAUGUGUUUGGUGAUGAUAAAGUUCUUCAAGAAAACGAUGGAGCAGCUGUGCAGGAAAAUGCGGAAACCACUUAUUUCUCCAUUAUCAAAGAUUCAACUUCCACUGUUCAGAAUCAGCGUAUUUUUGAGAUCUUUCUGAUCAACGAUGAUACUCCAAAGAAGACAAUUUACAAUACAUUCGAGCAGCUUCUAUAUAACAGCAAGCGUCUCCGUUCUGCGACACAGCUCUCGUUCAUCCCGUUGUACUACAUCUAUCUGCUGAUUUCCAUGAUCAUUCAGUUCGCAAUCAAACUGAUUGGUCCACUCCGAUUCGCCACUAUGCUCCCGAAUCCUUCAUUCCUGUACUUCUACUUCCACCACUGGACAUUCUUCAACUCGACGAAAAGCCUCCUGAUGCUCGGGUACAAGCCACAGCUUGGAUUCAAGGAAAGUGUAUCUAAGUGUGCUCAACAUUAUCGCGAACUUCGCAAGAAAGAUGUUGAAAUCUUCUCCUGGCAGAACUCGAUGAUUUACCCAGAAGCAUCUAACACGACUAUCGCUGUUCGUUGA